CAUCUUUCAUCUGUCCUCAAGGUGCUGUACCUGUACGCUGUAAGGAAAACAUACCGGCCGAUAUCGCCACCAUGACCGGGACAAAUGGAACAAACGGGACGAAUGGGACGAACGGAACCCGCCAGUUGCCCUUCGAACUCAAGAGCCAAGCAUUGUUCAAAGACCAGGCAUAUGUCAACGGAGAAUGGGUCGAAGCAAAGUCCGGGGCUCGAUUUGAAAUCGUCGACCCGGGCACCGGCAAGGUCUGGGCCACCGCCCCCAACAUGGCCGCCGAAGACGUCGACGCCACCGUCCAAUCCGCCCACCAAGCCUUCCUCACCUACCGCAAAGUUAACCCCCGCGAACGCGCCCAGAAGCUCAUGAAAUGGGACACCCUGAUCCGCGAAGCAAGGGACGACCUCGCGCGCAUCCUCGUCCACGAGACUGGGAAGCCGCUCGCUGAGGCUUACGGCGAGAUCGACUAUGCAGUUGGAUUUACCUGGUGGUUUGCGGGGGAGGCGGAGCGCGUGCGCGGGACGGUCGCGACGCCGGCGGCGCCGGGGAGGAGGGUGUUUACGGUUAAGCAGCCGAUUGGCGUGGCGGCGGCGUUGGUGCCGUGGAAUUUCCCAUUCGCCAUGAUUCUUCGGAAGUGCGGAGCGGCUUUGGCCGCCGGAUGUCCGAUGAUCAUCAAGCCGUCUCCGGAGACGCCACUCAGCGUGCUGACGCUCGUCCACCUUGCCGAGAAGGCUGGCUUCGAGAAGGGCCUCCUGAGUGUGUUGACGACCGAUCUUGAAAACACCCCGGCCCUCAGCGAGGCGCUCUGCAAGCACCCCCUCGUCAAGAAAGUCACCUUCACCGGCUCCACGCGCAUCGGCAAGCUCAUCGCUGCGCACUGCGCCGAGGGCCUCAAGAAGGUCACCCUCGAGCUCGGCGGCAACUGCCCCGUCCUGAUCUUCGACGACGCCGACCUCUCCGCCGCAUGCGCGCAAAUCGCCGCCCUCAAGUUCCGCCAUGCCGGGCAAGCCUGCAUCACCGCGAACCGCGUCUACGUGCAGCGCGGCGUGUAUGAUAAGUUCACCACGAUGGUGGCGGACUACAGCCGCGGGCUGAAGGUCGGGCAUGGGAUGACGGAGGGGACGACGAUGGGGCCGUUGACGACACCCAGGGGGGUGGAUAAGGCGGAGGCGCAGGUGGAGGACGCGAGGAAGCUGGGUGCGCGCAUCGUGACGGGUGGGAAGCGGGUUAAGAUCGAUGGGGGGUAUUUCUUCGAGCCGACGGUCAUCUUGGACGCGACGCAGGAGAUGCAGAUUGCGCAGGAGGAGAGCUUCGCGCCGUUGUGUGCGAUAUUCCCGUUCGACACCGAGGAGGAGGCGGUGGAGCUGGCGAACGCGACGAGCGUACGUACCUUCCAUCUUUCCCCUUUUACUGCUUCCGCCAGUGAUCCGCGUUGUUUCACCAGCGUGGGAACAUGGACUGGGAUAGUCGACUGACAUGCAUGCAAUCUAGAUGGGCCUCGCGUCGUACUUCUUCACAAAGAACAUCGACCGCACGUGGCGGCUGCUAGAAAACCUUGAGGCAGGGAUGAUCGGGAUGAACACCGGAAACAGCUCGGCUGCCGAGAGUCCGUUUGGCGGGAUUAAGGAG